AUGGUGUACUGCGGGAAACCGUCUAAAGGCUGCUCCAGCUGUCGGGAGCGAAAGAUUAGAUGUGAUCAGAAGGAGCCAAGUUGCGGCCAGUGCGAGAAACGGCAACAGCAAUGCCCUGGCUAUCGGAAUCUCGUCGAUCUAAUGUUUCGGGAUGAAAGCUCCCAUGUCAUUAAGAAAGCUGCCAAAACUAGGGCACGGGGUCGUGCGAGGCAACCGACGGCUUCAAUUGCCGCGGCUGAGGCUCCAGAGCACGGCUUUGCUGGACCGUUCAACACCGAUACUGAGAGCUCCGACCCGCUUCCCCAAAUAUCAAAGGGAGCGAGCCCUCGCCGCCCAACGCCAUCUCGUGCGUUGUCAGUGGUGACCCAGAAUGUCUCCAUCAGGAACCGACCACGUCUGACUCCUUGGGUUUCACCACCCGACCCUGCUUAUUUCCAAGACGAAGACAGCGAUAAUGAGAACGACGAUGGUCUAUUACCCUCACCCGACGAAGGCAACUGGCCUGCAUCACCACCGGCCACAUUGUUAUACUCGCUCUCGCCGUCCUAUCAGGAGCGCGGUACGGCCUACUUUUUCUCUCGCUAUGUCUCUGUUGAUGAGAACGCCUGCUAUCAGAACUAUGACUUCAUCUUCGAUAUUUGGCGCCCUUCCAGCAUGGUUCCCGGUCGGCAAGUAGACGGCGUCAUGGCGAGCAUGACCGCCGUCGGUUUGGCCGGCCUCUCCGACCUCACCAAGUGCACUCGAACGAUGGACUGGGCGCGACGAAGCUACGGGACGGCACUUCGUCUGACAAACGAAGCCUUACGCGAUCCCUCCGAGGCAGUCAAGGACACAACUAUGCUGUCCAUCCUCAUCUUAACUACAUACGAGAUGCUCACAGGCCGCAACCCCCAAACGGUGCGGGCAUGGCAAGAACACCUCAACGGCGCCGCUGCCCUGGCAAAGAUGCGCGGCCUCGGCCAAUUCAGGUCUAAGGCUGGAGUGCGUAUGUUCAUAAUGCUGACCCACAUAGCUCUCAUCAGCUGUAUCCAAAGAAGUAUGCCUAUGCCUCAGCCACUGGUUGACCUCCGGAACCAGUUGGGCAUGCUUUCGCCCCCAGGUGACCCAAACUGGCGGAUGUCAGGAUCCAUUUAUAAGGUUCUGCAACUGCGACAUGACAUUAAGCGCGGCAAACUAAAACACAAGGAUGCAAUCAUUGACCAGUUGUCAAAAGUUGACGAGGAGUUUGUCGAUAUCAUAGCUGAUCUUCCAGAAUCCUGGCAUUAUCGACCAGUGAGCCUCUCACAAGCUCACCCCGCUGUAUUCGACGGUUAUCAUUGCCAUGUGUAUCCUGCACUUACACUUGCGGCAACUUGGAAUGGCAUUCGAUCAAUCAGGAUGCUGGUGCACGAGACCAUUAUUGGCGAACUUUUCAAAUGCUGUCACGAUCAGCAAAUACUGUCGUGGACGUAUGCGGCAAAACUACAACUUGCAAAGUCAGUUGACACGCUCGAAAAGCUUCGUGAUGCUAUUUUAGCAAGCGUACCGCAGCAUUUCGGCGUCGUUGGCUUUAGGGAUGCUAGACCAGAAAGUCACGGUUUACCAGUGGCCGUUGUUAAAGUGAGAAGACCACCCCUGCGGGCUACACCGUCGCCGACAACGUCUGCAUUGUCUUCUCCAGGGUCACCGUCGGCCAGUCCUUCCAGUCCGGGUGCUUUCAACGGCCCUACUCUGCAUGACCCGACCCAGGCAGCGGAUCUUGAUAAUAGUGCCGAGCGUUUCAUGACGCUUGCUUCAGCUAGUAACACUAUUGUGUGGCCUCUGUACCUGCUGGGGGUGUCAUCUUCCUGUACGCACGAGAUAAAGGAAUACGUCAUCGGACGUCUACAAGCAAUUCUUGAGGAGACAAGCCUAAUGCAAGCUGGGGGGGUGGCACAAAUGGUUCGAAGCAAGGAGAUCUCCAUCCCUUGGUCUGAUUUGCCUUGGGAUGAAAUGCCCAAUCCACCGGCAUUGGCAGACAAUAUGCUGGUGUAG